AUGGCCGUCGGCCACAGGAAGUGGGAGCAGAAGGUGCCCGGCCUGCUGGCCCAAGGUCAAUUGAGCUGCGUGCUUCUGGGUACCCGGAAUAGCCACCAAGGGUGCGGGGCACGCGCCCCUGGUUGAAGAGGCUCAGUGGCUCAGUCAGCCAAUAGGAUUAGAGCGUGGCCGGCCUCAGGUGGCCCAGGGCCCGCUCCAGCCUCAGAUCCAGAAAGUCAGUGUUCUAAAAGGGGCAAAUCCCAGCCAGGAUGUAAUUAGCCCUGUCAGCAGUUAGCAGGAGGAGGAGUAGACAACAGAAAAGACUAGCAACAAACAGCCACUCAGCUGGAGAGAGUAGAAUGACACAUAGGGCCAAUUUCCCAACACAGAUUAAGCCUAGUCCUUAAUCUGUGUCAGGGAAACCGUCCCAUACAGUGCUAAAUGGCUGUUCAUAGUUCAACAGAAUGAAGCAGCACUGGAGCAGCUCCUUGACCAACUCAGUGGCCUUGUGGUUAGUGUCCGCCCUGAGAUUGGAAGGUUGGGAGUCCGAUUCCCGUCCGAGUUAUACCAAAGACUGUAAACGUGGGACCCGAUGUGUCUCUGCUUGGCACUCUGCAUUAAGGAGAAAGAUUAGGGGUAAGGCCCUGCGAUAGACUUGCGUCCUGUCCAGGGGGUGUACUUGCACAUCAAGCUGCCUCACGCUACAGAAACAGGAGAUAGGCUCCUGCUCCUAUGAGCCAUUCCAGCUCCAUACAGUUGGGUUGUGAAUAGUCUGUGUUAGUGGUGUGGGGUUGUUGAAUUUCUCUUGUACAGUACAGCUGCAGUUAACCUGACAAACUCCACAUUUCACCCCUCAUCAUCCUGCUCCCAACUCAUCCAAUUAAAAUCGCAAUAUGUCAUCAUGUGAUGUGAAUUAUGACCUUUGUGAUCUCUCUCAUUAUGGAUCCUGUAAUUCUUGCUCCACUGUGGAGUAGGGUGAAGUUGCCCCUAGAUGCUGAACUUGGGUCAGUUUAGAAUUUUUCCCACCAAUUUUUAAGGAUUGGGGGAGGGGACGCCGAUCCCAGAUCUGUACCUAGGGGAAACUUCACCCCAGAGUCUACUCUGGUUUUUGUUGUAACCCCACUGUUGGUUGUUUCUGUGCUGCCAGAGGCCCACAGGUUCAGGCCACCAAAGCUGCCGCUACUGCUGGAACCAAGAAGUACGAGCUCAGCAAGUGGAAGUAUGCCGAACUGAGGGAUGCCAUUAACACAUCCUGUGGUAAGAAAGUCAGCCAUGCCGAAUGUGUGGUUUGAAGAUCAUUUAGAAACUUGACUCUGACAUUUUUACAUUAAGAAAUUGUACUGGGACAUUUUUGCUGAGACACUGUCGCUGCUAACGAUGCAAUAUUAAAAAAUAUUGAACUGUCAAACUGUUUUCUGAGCCUGGUGCGCUUUGGUCUAAAAGUGAGCUGUGAUUUUACAGCUUUAACUUGCUCUAUGGUUAUUUAUUAAUGCCUACGUCAUUAUUUGAUCACUUCCUUGUACAUGAAAGUCAAAUUCUUCUAUCAUUUGGUAGAACAGUUGGGUACCAGUGGUCAAACAUAACACACUAUUUAGGGCAGGGGUCCUCAAUGACAUUAAUCUGCGGGCCGUUUUUUGUUGUUGAGCGGAUUGUUAUAAAUAAUUUGUAUACUGCAAGUUGACCACAAGAAGCCAAAACAGAUAGUAUUUGACCAAAACAUAAUUUCAAACCUUUGAUUACAUUGGGAUACGAUCAACUCUAUUUAUGUGUGGGAAUACUUGGGAACAGGUUUCCUAAAUUAAAAACACGUUGCGCUGAUUUCCUGAGGAUUUUGUAUUUUAUGUCCAACAACGAAAACUAUAUAACAACGUUUCUAAAAAUGUUGUUCAGAAAACUUGGGGGGGGGGGGGGGGGUGAACCCUGGAAUAGGCUUUCAUUUGGGACGCAGACUCAUUCAUUCGCUGCUCCCCAAGCCCUGUGUCAUAUGUGCUACCAAAAAUGCCCAACCGAAAAUGCCCAACAAUGGGUAUCUGGAGUUGAUAUUAAGUAGUGUUUACAUUACAGGGAGACAUUUUGACAGUGAAAUGACUCCUCAUUUAUCUGGUAGGUAGGGAGACAUCUUUGUGAAUUCAACUUUACCAAGGCACUUAGCAGGCAUUAACAAUCUCAUUUCACACCCUAUCUCGCUCCAGACUUUGGCUGGUUUGCUGAUGACAAUUGAAAUGCAUUGAUCAUCGUGGUCCUCUGUAGCUCAAUUGGUAGAGCAUGGCGCUUGUAACGCCAGGGUAGUGGAUUCGAUCCCCGGGACCACCCAUACGUAAAAAUGUAUGCGCACAUGACUGUAAGUCGCUUUGGAUAAAAGCGUCUGCUAAAUGGCAUAUUAUUAUUAUUAUUAUUAAUCCUAGCAGCAAUUGUUUUAGAAUUUCAUGAAGACAUAGAACAACAAUGAAACCCAUAAUGCUGUCUCGUCUUUAUUAUUUUAUGGAUUUUGAAUUGUUGUUGAAGUAAUGAAAAUCUUUUAGCUGUAGCGAUCGUCUCUCUGUUGGUAGUCCUCUAUACAUCUCUCUGUGUGUAGCUCUGAUCUUUGUGGUGCUGGUUGGCUGCUAUGCUCUAAUACCGCUUUCCCCCUCCCUCCCUCUCGCACUCCACCCACAGAUAUUGAGUUGCUGGCCGCCUGCCGAGAGGAGUUCCACCGCCGGCUAAAGGUCUACCACGCCUGGAAGUCAAAGAACAAGAAGCGCGGCAACGACACCGGCAACACUGAGCAGAGGGCCCCCAAAUCAGUCACCGACUACGGUAAGGGACCCCACAGCCCACCGCGUCCCCAACUUACUCGGUCUUUCAGACAGUGUUAUACAGUACAACAUCAAUGUAGGCGUCUUAUCAUGGGUCUCUUUCCAUGCUUUGAUAGUUGUGAUUUGUCUAUUUAUUUAUUCUGCUCCCAAUAUCAGACCUCUAGUCCCCUACUGAUAUAUUGUACUGCAAUACUGAUACUGUGGGUAUAUUCCCACAUUGACUAGACCCAUAUAGGCUGUGGUCAAAAGUAGUGGUGGCUGCUCUCUUCCUCCAGCCUGACCUUUUCUCUCAUUGUUCUCCAUAGAGCCCCAUGCUGUCUUGCUCUGUGAGCCACAAAUGGGUCCUUUCAAUGUACAAAGCAUGGAGUCGCCAUGACGACAGAGCUAUUUUUCCUGUGUGGCAGAUUGCAGACAUACUUUAUUGUACAGUGGGGGAAAAAAGUAUUUAGUCAGCCACCAAUUGUGCAGGUUCUCCCACUUAAAAAGAUGAGAGAGGCCUGUAAUUUUCAUCAUAGGUACAUGUCAACUAUGAUAGACAAAAUGAGGGAAAAAAAUCCAGAAAAUCACAUUGUAGGAUUUUUAAUGAAUUUAUUUGCAAAUUAUGGUGGAAAAUAAGUAUUUGGUCACCUACAAACAAGCAAGAUUUCUGGCUCUCACAGACCUGUAACUUCUUCUUUAAGAGGCUCCUCUGUCCUCCACUCGUUACCUGUAUUAAUGGCACCUGUUUGAACUUGUUAUCAGUAUAAAAGACACCUGUCCGCAACCUCAAACAGUCACACUCCAAACUCCACUAUGGCCAAGACCAAAGAGAAACACCAGAAACAAAAUUGUAGACCUGCACCAGGCUGGGAAGACUGAAUCUGCAAUAGGUAAGCAGCUUGGUUUGAAGAAAUCAACUGUGGGAGCAAUUAUUAGGAAAUGGAAGACAUACAAGACCACUGAUAAUCUCCCUCGAUCAGGGGCUCCACGCAAGAUCUCACCCCGUGGGGUCAAAAUGAUCACAAGAACGGUGAGCAAAAAUCCCAGAACCACACGGGGGGACCUAGUGAAUGACCUGCAGAGAGCUGGGACCAAAGUAACAAAGCCUACCAUCAGUAACACACUACGCCGCCAGGGACUCAAAUCCUGCAGUGCCAGACGUGUCCCCCUGCUUAAGCCAGUACAACUCCAGGCCCGUCUGAAGUUUGCUAGAGUGCAUUUGGAUGAUCCAGAAGAGGAUUGGGAGAAUGUCAUAUGGUCAGAUGAAACCAAAAUAUAACUUUUUGGUAAAAACUCAACUCGUCGUGUUUGGAGGACAAAGAAUGCUGAGUUGCAUCCAAAGAACACCAUACCUACUGUGAAGCAUGGGGGUGGAAACAUCAUGCUUUGGCGCUGUUUUUCUGCAAAGGGACCAGGACGACUGAUCCGUGUAAAGGAAAGAAUGAAUGGGGCCAUGUAUCGUGAGAUUUUGAGUGAAAACCUCCUUCCAUCAGCAAGGGCAUUGACGAUGAAACGUGGCUGGGUCUUUCAGCAUGACAAUGAUCCCAAACACACCGCCCGGGCAACGAAGGAGUGGCUUCGUAAGAAGCAUUUCAAGGUCCUGGAGUGGCCUAGCCAGUCUCCAGAUCUCAACCCCAUAGAAAAUCUUUGGAGGGAGUUGAAAGUCCGUGUUGCCCAGCGACAGCCCCAAAACAUCACUGCUCUAGAGGAGAUCUGCAUGGAGGAAUGGGCCAAAAUACCAGCAACAGUGUGUGAAAACCUUGUGAAGACUUACAGAAAACGUUUGACCUGUGUCAUUGCCAACAAAGGGUAUAUAACAAAGUAUUGAGAAACUUUUGUUAUUGACCAAAUACUUAUUUUCCACCAUAAUUUGCAAAUAAAUUCAUUAAAAAUCCUACAAUGUGAUUUUCUGGAUUUCUUUUCCUCAUUUUGUCUGUCAUAGUUGACGUGUACCUAUGAUGAAAAUUACAGGCCUCUCUCAUCUUUUUAAGUGGGAGAACUUGCACAAUUGGUAGCUGACUAAAUACUUUUUUUCCCCACUGAAUGUGCUGUUUGUUAUACUAGUGAUUGGACUACAUACCACAUACCCAGCCCCCAUAGAAUUACAUAUACAAUCAUCAUAUAUAAUUAUAGGAUCUGUAGCUCUGCCCAGCCCCCACCUCUCCUUCUCUCACUUAGGGCUACGUUUUCAUCUGGCGUUAAGCCAACGCAAUUGUCAAACGCAUGCUUGUUUGCAAUUUCGACAUAUUAAAGCCCGGCGCUCUUAUAUUUUCAAACCCUAGCGCCAGGAUUGGUAAUUUACCUGUUUUAUAUGAGCUCGCUUACGCUGAGGUGGGAAGGGAAGGGUAGCAAUAUCUGAUUUGUGUCCUUAAAAACGUGUGCCAAUGUGCUGAUUUCAGUAUGCGCUGGUGGGUAUAUUUAAGACCAACCGAUAGCUGGUCUUAGCGGUAACGCGGUUAGUUAUGGCAUGGAUUCUGACAACCGAAGCACAGCCUAUCCAACCGUUAUGCACAGUGCACAUAUGCACAUGGAGCAAGAGAGAUAUGCUUUUUGUGCCCGUAAACCUCGUAUUUAGAAACAUAAAAACGUUUUUUUCCCAUUUUGUUUCAUUUGAUUAAAAACCAAGCAUGUCCUCCCCUCCUCUAAUUGAAAGCUGUUUUGUUGUCAUGCCCAAUGCUAUCGUCAAGUGGUCAAGACUAUCGAUAAAUGGUUUGGCUCGUGAGACUGCUUAGAAAUAAAUCUUUAUCACCAAAGCUUUAUUCAAAGAUCAAGUUUGGCAGCAGCAAAACAGUGAGCGAUAUCCCUUUUUUUUUUUUUAUCUAUGUAGGCUAAUACAUUAUUUUAGCCAGCCCCUGUUAUUAUUAUUUUGGAUAUGCAUAAAAACCCCUCCAUGUAGGCUGUAUGCCCAUCAUGGAAUGAGAGAUGAGAUAAUCCGGUGAUACUAGUAUUUAGAAACAUUUGUUAUUUUCCUGUAACAAUUUUUUCCGUUUUUGAUUUAAAAAACAAGCCCUUGGUAGGCUACCCUUAGCCUACUAUAACAAAAGCUGGUUCAACAGCAAUGCAUCUGGUAUCUUUCUUAUCCUGGCCAUGCAUUAGCCAAAGAGCCUAUCCAUAAUAGGUUUCUAAAUGGUCUCCUCAUGAGGCUUUUGCGAUCAUGCUUUUGCAUUAUUCACAAUUCACAUAGGCCUACCUGCAGUGUAUACUCCAUUCGGUUUGUAUCCAUCCCCAUUUCCAAAGAGCACCUCUUUUCUGGUUACCAAAGACUCACUCCACCAAACAUAUUCAAAUUAUUCAGUCCUAAAACGCCAUAUCAAAGGUAAGGCUAUAUCUUGCUUAUUGAGAACGUGCCUCACACAUACGAUACAAUUUACGGCAGCCUAGUAUUUUUAUUUGGGGAGAAGUGCGAUGUGUAAAGGCCUAUACUCAACAAUGUUGACUGUCAACACUCCAAACACUGGAUGUGUUUUUUUUUUUACUGUUGCUAUCACUCGUUACUAUAUAGCCUAUGCUAAUUAAUAAACUGUAGUAUCAAUCCACAAUGGCUCCCAGCCUAAUUGGAUUUGAUGACAAUGCAAAGACCGUCAAUAACAUACAGAAUUUGAGACAAACGCAUGCGGUAUUAGGCCAUGGAACGCCAUGAUUGGCCAGUGAGUGGCUAAGCCCUCGUCACACCCACAACUUGUUUAUUCAUCAAAACCCAGCCCUUUCGCGCCACCGCCAGCUAUUACACUCAUAAUAACGACUGUGAAAAUAGCACCCAAAAAAAUCUGACACCUCCCCCGGACCUAUAGUUCUAGAUUUACCAUUGCGUUAGGUUUGUUAAAAUAGAUCCCAUAGUGUUACACACACAGUACAGUGCCAGCUAUGCCUACCUGCUCUCUGACACAACAACAAGCCAGAGGCUGAGGAGAACUCUCAUAUUUUCAGGGUCCUAGCAUAAUGUAACCUACAAUCUAAUGAUUUUGCUUGUGAAUGACCAUGUACAGUAGAAUGACCCUCCCUGUACUUCCAUGCCUAGGCCAUGGCUACAGUAAACACAUGUAAAGACAUGGAAAGGAGAAAAAGUAAGGAACUUGUCUGUCUGCCCUGCAUUAAAGACCAUAAUUGGUUAAAGAAAAUUGUGAUAAAUAAAAAAGUAUACCAGUUUCAUUUCAGGACCAAAGGAUUGACAGCCAUCACAUACAGUGGCUUGCGAAAGUAUUCCCCCCCCUUGGCAUUUUUCCUAUUUUGUUGCCUUACAACCUGGAAUUAAAAUAGAUUUUUGGAGGGUUUGUAUAAUUUGAUUUAAACAACUUGAGCGUGCAUAACUAUUCACCCCCCCAAAGUCAAUACUUUGUAGAGCCACCUUUUGCAAAUAUUACAGCUGCAAGUCUCUUAGGGUAUGUCUCUAUAAGCUUGGCACAUCUAGCCACUGGGAUCUUUGCCCAUUCUUCAAGGCAAAACUGCUCCAGCUCCUUCAAGUUGGAUGGGUUCCGCUGGUGUACAGCAAUCUUUAAGUCAUACCACAGAUUCUCAAUUGGAUUGAGGUCUGGGCUUUGACUAAGCCAUUCCAAGACAUUUAAAUGUUUCCCCUUAAACCACUCGAGUGUUGCUUUAGCAGUAUGCUUAGGGUCAUUGUCCUGCUGGAACUUUUGUGAAAGAGCACAGUUUAGGGGAAAUGGAGGCAUGUAAAUGCAACCCGGAUGGACAUCAUGAAAAUGAUCGGCGAGGUUGAGGGUAGAGGAAGUUCAGGAGUAAAAACAAACAAAAUAUAAUUAUUGUAAAAUUGACUGUGUCCAUAAAAUGUAUAUAGUAUCUAUAAGCUGGAAGUAGAGGCCUAAGUGUUGUUGUUCACUAGUUUAUUCCAAUUAGGGGAAGGGUGGUGGGGUUGGAAAGUAAUAAAGGAAAAUAUAUUUUAAAAAAGGAUAUGUGUGUAUGUAUGUAUAUGUGUGUGUGUGUGUGUGUGUGUGUGUGUGUAUAUGUGUGUGUGUGUAUAUGUGUGUGUGUGUAUAUGUAUAUGUGUAUAUGUAUAUGUGUAUAUGUAUAUGUGUAUAUGUGUAUAUGUAUAUAUAUAUAUAUAUAUAUAUAUAUAUAUAUAUAUAUAUAUAUAUAUAUAUAUAUAUAUAUAUAUAUAUAUACACACAGUUGAAGUCGGAAGUUUACAUACACUUAGGUUGGAGUCAUUAAAACUCGUUUUUCAACCACUCCACAAAUUUCUUGUUAACAAACUAUAGUUUUGGCAAGUCGGUUAGGGCAUCUACUUUGUACAUGACACCAGUAAUUUUUCCAACAAUUGUUUACAGACAGAUUAUUUCACUUAUAAUUCACUGUUUCACACUUCCAGUGGGUCAGAAGUUUACAUACACUAAGUUGACUGUGCCUUUAAACAGCUUGAAACAUUCCAGAAAAUGAUGUCUUCACUUUAGAAGCUUCUGAUAGCCUAAUUGACAUCAUUUGAGUCAAUUGGAGGUGUACCUGUGGAUGUAUUUCAAGGCCUACCUUCAAACUCAGUGCCUCUUUGCUUGACAUCAUGGGAAAAUCAAAAGAAAUCAGCCAAGACCUCAGAAAAAAAAUGGUAGACAUCCACAAGUCUAGUUCAUCCUUGGGAGCAAUUUCCAAAUGCCUGAAGGUACCACAUUCAUCUGUACAAACAAUAGUACACAAGUAUAAACACCAUGGUACCACGCAGCCGUCAUACCGCUCAGGAAGGAGACGCGUUCUGUUUCCUAGAGAUGAACGUACUUUGGUGCGAAAAGUGCAAAAAUCAAUCCCAGAACAACAGCAAAGGACCUUGUGAAGAUGCUGGAGGAAACCGGUACAAAAGUAUUCCACAGUAAAAAUGAGUCCUAUAUCGACAUAACCUGAAAGGCCACUCAGCAAGGAAGAAGUCACUGCUCCAAAACCGCUAUAAAAAAAGCCAGACUACGGUUUGCAACUGCACAAGGGGACAAAGAUCGUACUUUUUGGAGAAAUGUCCUCUGUUCUGAUGAAACAAAAAUAGAACUGUUUGGCCAUAAUGACCAUCGUUAUGUUUGGAGGAAAAAGGGAGUACUUGCAAGCCGAAGAACACCAUCCCAACCGUGAAGCACGGGGGUGGCAGCAUCAUGCUGUGGGGGUGCUUUGCUGCAGGAGGGACUGGUGCACUUCACAAAAUAGAUGGCAUCAUGAGGAAGGAAAAUUAUGUGGAUAUAUUGAAGCAACAUCUCAAGACAUCAGUCAGGAAGUUAAAGCUUGGUCACAAAUGGGUCUUCCAAAUGGACAAUGACCCCAAGCAUACUGCCAAAGUUGUGGCAAAAUGGCUUAAGGACAACAAAGUCAAGGUAUUGGAGUGGCCAUCACAAAGCCCUGACCUCAAUCCUAUAGAAAAUGUGUGGGCAGAACUGAAAAGGCGUGUGCGAGCAAGGAGGCCUACAAACCUGACUCCGUUACACCAGCUCUGUCAGGAGGAAUGGGCCAAAAUUCACCCAACUUAUUGUGGGAAGCUUGUGGAAGGCUACCCGAAACGUUUGACCCAAGUUAAACAAUUUAAAGGCAAUGCUACCAAAUACUAAUUGAGUGUAUGUGAACUUCUGACCCACUGGGAAUGUGAUGAAAUAAAAAAACCUGAAAGAAACCAUUCUCUCUACUAUUAUUCUGACAUUUCACAUUCUUAAAAUAAAGUGCUGAUCCUAACUGACCUAAGACAGGGAAUUUAACUAGGAUUAAAUGUCAGGAAUUGUGAAAAACUGAGUUUAAAUGUAUUUCGCUAAGGUGUAUGUAAACUUCCGACUUCAACUGUAUAUAAAAAUACAUGGUAAUAGCGCUAUCAUUAUGUAUCAUGGUUUAUUUUUCCACUAAUAUCUAUGAUGAAGAUGCAUUGAUAUUAGUGUUAGGCUCAAAAUAGCCUUGUCUUUCUAUGAAAUUCAUUUGUCGUUCAAUUAUAUUUUGUCUUGCAUGUUGUUUGUUUCAUACCUGUGUAACCUGGCAUGUUUACUUUCAGAUAUCGCACCUCAUGUGAGACAAGCACGUAAGUGGUUCUCCAUGAUGUAGUAACACCACUAACCUCAGCCCAGUGCUAAGUCCCCUAUUAACCAUGUGGAAAUGGAGGGGUGUGCUGUGUGUGGUACUCACUACUCGCCUGUGUGGAAGGGUUUUAGUUUCUGUUUUGGGAUAAGGCUCUGGUCAACAGUAGUGCACUAUAUAAAAAAAUAGGGUGCCAUUUGGGACGUAACCUUGGUGAUGGCGUAAGGAAUCGUACAGCAACUGGUUUCUAUCUAAAUGAAUCGUCUUUGGUUUGCAUGUUAUUUUAUAACAGAUGAAAAUUGUUAAGUGUCGUCAACUAAGUGCACCUGGAGUUCUUUGCAAGUGUAGGCUAUUAUAUGAGAUACUACAGACUUUUCAUUUUUACAAGAUAGUGUUCAACUUAGAUGAUGUUUUCAAACGUCUAACUCGAGCUGAUAGAGAAUGAGGAUGGGCACAUGGAGUUGUCAAAGGGCUUAAAUGGCUGCUGUUAUUGAUGUUGCUGCAAAUGUUAUGUGGCUACGCUGACAAUGGGAGCUAAAACUGUUCAGGGCACUUAGGCUAAAUUGUGUUUGGGUUGAUGUGGGCCACCUCCCAAAUGGUACCUUAUUCCGUAGAUAAUGCGCUACUUUUGGGCCAGCAACCGAAAGGUCGCUGGUUUCGAAUCCCUGAGCUGACUAGGUACAAUAAAUCUGUCUGCGCCCUUGAGCAAGGCACUUAACCCUAAUUGCUCCUGUAAAUCGCUCUGGAUAAGAGCAUCUGCUAAAUGACGUAAAAGUAGUGCACUAUAAAGGGAAUAGGGUGCCAUUUGGGAAACUAUGGGUCUCUGUCUCAUCGUGUUUAUCCCUUGCUGAUUGGAAGAGAAACCUGGCAGUUGACUCCUCAUUGGAGCAUAAAGCAGGGGAUUGCUACACAACACGUACUUAUGCAUCCAACAAUCACCAGGGUAUAUCUAUAUUCCCUCUAUUAUUUUCCUGUCCUUGAAAAUAUCAAAUCAGUUCAGACCCUCUCAUUCACUGGAAUGCAUCAGACAAUGAGUAGCUGGCCGUACAAAUAGACUUUGACAUCCUUGCAAUGAAAAGUAUUCACAUAUAGUACGUCUGUCAAGGAGUUUGGUACAAAGCAAUGAUGUGUUUUCACAUAUAGAGAUUGUAUAUACAGUUGAAGUCGGAAGUUUACAUACACUUAGGUUGGAGUCAUUAAAACUCGUUUUUCAACCACUCCACACAUUUCUUGUUAACAAACUAUAGUUUUGGCAAGUCGGUUAGGGCAUCUACUUUGUACAUGACACCAGUAAUUUUUCCAACAAUUGUUUACAGACAGAUUAUUUCACUUAUAAUUCACUGUUUCACACUUCCAGUGGGUCAGAAGUUUACAUACACUAAGUUGACUGUGCCUUUAAUCAGCUUGGAAAAUUCCAGGAAAUUAUGUCAUGGCUUUAGAAGCUUCUGAUAGGCUAAUUGACAUCAUUUGAGUCAAUUGGAGAUGUACCUGUGGAUGUAUUUCAAGGCCUACCUUCAAACGCAGUGCCUCUUUGCUUGACAUCAUGGGAAAAUCAAAAGAAAUCAGCCAAGACCUCAGAAAAAAAAAUGGUAGACCUCCACAAGUCUGGUUCAUCCUUGGGAGCAAUUUGCAAAUGCCUGAAGGUACCACGUUCAUCUGUACAAACAAUAGUACGCAAGUAUAAACACCAUGGGACUACACAGCUGUCGUACCGCUCAGGAAGGACACACGUUCUGUCUCCUAGAGAUGAACGUACUUUGGUGCAAAAAUCAAUCCCAGAACAACAGCAAAGGACCUUGUGAAGAUGCUGGAGGAAACAGGUACAAAAGUAUUCCACAGUAAAAUGAGUCCUAUAUCGACAUAACCUGAAAGGCCACUCAGCAAGGAAGAAGCCACUGCUCCAAAACCGCCAUAAAAAAGCCAGACUACGGUUUGCAACUGCACAUGGGGACAAAGAUUGUACUUUUUGGAGAAAUGUCCUCCGGUCUGAUGAAACAAAAAUAGAACUGUUUGGCCAUAAUGACCAUCGUUAUGUUUGGAGGGAAAAGGGGAAGGCUUGCAAGCUGAAGAACACCAUCCCAACCAUGAAGCACGGGGGUGGCAGCAUCAUGCUGUGGGGGUGCUUUGCUGCAGUAGGGACUGGUGCACUUCACAAAAUAGAUGGCGUCAUGAGGAAGGAAAAUUAUGUGGAUAUAUUGAAGCAACAUCUCAAGACAUCAGUCAGGAAGUUAAAGCUUGGUCGCAAAUGGGUCUUCCAAAUGGGCAAUGACCCCAAGCAUACUUCCAAAGUUGUGGCAAAAUGGCUUAAGGACAACAAAGUCAAGGUUUUGGAGUGGCCAUCACAAAACCCUGACCUCAAUCCUAUAGAAAAUGUGUGGGCAGAACUGAAAAGGCGUGUGCGAGCAAGGAGGCCUACAAACCUGACUCCGUUACACCAGCUCUGUCAGGAGGAAUGGGCCAAAAUUCACCCAACUUAUUGUGGGAAGCUUGUGGAAGGCUACCCGAAAUGUUUGACCCAAGUUAAACAAUUUAAAGGCAAUGCUACCAAAUACUAAUUGAGUGUAUGUAAACUUCUGACCCACUGGGAAUGUGAUGAAAGAAAUAAAAGCUGAAAUAAAUCAUUCUCUUUACAAUUAUUCUGACAUUUCACAUUCUUAAAAUAAAGUGGUGAUCCUAACUGACCGAAGACAGGGAAUUUUUACUAUGAUUAAAUGUCAGGAAUUGUGAAAAACUGAGUUUAAAUGUAUUUGGCUAAGGUGUAUGUAAACUUCCGACUUAAACUGUACAUCAUUGGAAUAAACGCCCCAAAGAAAUUCUAUUAGUCUCUCUCGGUUGCAGCUUUUGCAAGCUUUUUCUCUGGACAAAAACAACUGUUUAUACGAGGGAGGGACUCUCUGAAAGGUGUUGGGAAUGAGAGGGCGGCCAUUGUUGAUCUUUGUCUCUAGUUAAUAAUACCUCAAUGGUGUUGGGGUUCCAAAGUGUCAGCCUCACAGUUAACGUCACAACCUUUUCUGCUUUCUCACCUUUAGUAAGUUGGUGUAAUGGAUCCAUUUUGUUUGGUGGCAGUGAAUCUGGGAGAGGUUGCUCUAAACUAAAGGAAAUUAUGAACUGUACGGUACCAUGCCUGUCAACAGGGCUGAGGCUACUGCAACCCCUGUCUUUCCCUGGUCCUGUUCUCCAUAGAGCCUCCCACCCACCCCUUUGAAUCACUUGGCCUAUGUAUUCCCUUAUUUAUUUAAGCUCCACUUUGCGUAUAAUAUGCAAAUGUGUGUUCUUUAUGUUUUGAUACGAGCAGGCUCUAUAACAAACAUCUGACAUGCCGCUUGUCACUCUGAUUUGCUCUCUGCUAAUGCUGACCCCUCCUCCCCAGCUCUAGCAGCAACACAGUCCCAGCAUCCUUCGUUCUUGCUCUUCCUUCCCGUUCCUGUUCACAUUCCUAUUGGUACCUGUUUCCAUUUCUAUUGGUUCCUGUUCCUUCCCAUCCCUAUUGGUUUCUGUUCCCAUUGCAAUCAGCCAGCGCCAUUAGCCUCUCUAACUAACUAACCCCUUCCCCAACAGCUCAGGCAAACCCCGCCCCGCCCAUCCCAGCCAGGCAGCAUGAGGUGGCCAUGAACAGGCAGCAGCGCUACUUCCGCAUCCCCUUCAUCCGGCCCGGGGACCAGUACAAGGACCCCCAGAACAAGAAGAAGGGCUGGUGGUAUGCCCACUUUGACGGACCCUGGAUCGCCAGGCAGAUGGAGCUGCAUCCGGACAAGCAACCCAUCCUGCUGGUGGCAGGUCAGUCACUGACUGGAGGGGACAGAACUCUUACUUAUAGGGGAUUUUCUUUGUGUGUGUGCGUUUAUGUGCCUGUCUAUACUAUUCAUACUGUUACUGCCUCAUAAAACUCUUGUUGUUUUGCUGUGUUCUCUGUGUGUCUGUAGGAAAAGACGACAUGGAGAUGUGUGAGCUGAGCCUGGAGGAGACAGGCCUGACGAGGAAGAGGGGAGCUGAGAUCCUGCCCCGGCAGUUUGAGGAGAUCUGGGAGCGCUGCGGGGGCAUCCAGUACCUCCGGAGCGCCAUCGAGAGCCGGCAGGCCCGCCCAACCUACGCCACAGCCAUGCUGCAGAGCCUCCUCAAGUAAAGGGUGUAGGGUGAAAUUGCCCCUAGUCGCUGAUCCUGGGUCAGUUUUUCAUUUUCCCCACUAAUGGUUAGGAUUGAGGAAGCUGAUCCUAGAUGUGUGCCUAGGCGCUAAAGACCCUGUCCCAAACCACAGGUCUCUAUCUCACUACAGCAAAGGGAAGAAUGCACUUAG